AUGCAAAAUAAUUAAUAAGCAGCUACAGAGGAAUAAUCAAAAAAUUAAGAAGUAAAAUAAGAAACAAAAUUGUGUCCAUUAUGUUAAAAUUUCUUUGGAAGUGCCAAAACUAAUUUUUAUUGUUCUAAAUGCUAUAAGUAUAUUCGUUGAAUAUUAUAGAACUAUUUAAUAAAACGAUAAUGAACAAUAACAAUAACAACAAUAAUAAUAAUAAGUACCAGAAGAGAAAUUAUAAUAAAAUUAAUAAGUAAAUGUUCAGGUAUAUAAAUAAUUUAAAUUUAUCAGCAAGAUCCUUCAAAAUGUUAUGUAUGCAAGAGAAAGCUAGGAAUAUCAGGCAUUUAAUGUAAAUGCAAAAUAGUCUUUUGUAAUAAACAUAGAUUGCCAGAAGAUCAUAAUUGUACUUUUGAUCAUGCAGAAUAAGCAAAACAAUUACUUAUUAAAAACAAUCCAUUAGUUGAUCAUAAAAAGCUUGAAUAAUUAUGA